CGUAUUUAGAAAAGCAUUACUUGCAAUUUAGCCUGCCGCCCAGGACCUGACAUUAUACUUGUGUAUAGUUGAAUUUUCCUGUGGAAAAUCUCUUUUCCAUCUAUUAUUCGGUGCCUCUCUCACACUUACAUUAAUUGUUCUACAGGGCUAUUAAUAACCGCCUAGAGAAAAUAAUGAAGGAAUUGGAUGAGGAGACCUCUUCAAGGAAACAUCUAGAAUCUUCCUUCCGACAGCUGGAAAGGGAAAAGGCUCUUCUCCAGCAUAAGAACACAGAAUACCAACGGAAAGCAGAACACGAAGCAGAUAAAAAACGCAAUCUAGAAAAUGAUGUGAACAGUUUAAAGGAUCAACUUGAGGAUUUGAAAAAGAGAAAUCAAAACUCCCAAAUAUCGAAUGAAAAAAUUAUUCAGCUACAAAGACAGCUGGAUGAAGCCAAUGCCUUGGUGCGCACAGAGUCUGAUACAGCAGCCAGGUUGAGAAAGACCCAGACAGAAAAUUCAAAGCAGAUUCAACAACUAGAGUCUAACAUCAGAGAUCUGCAAGAUAAAAAUUGUGCCCUAGAGAAUACUAAGAUCAGACUGGAGAAAGAAUUCCUCAAUCUGCAGACAGCUCUAGAGUCUGAAAAAAGAGAUCGGACUCAUGGGUCGGAGAUUAUCCAUGAUCUACAGGGUCGAGUAUUUAAUUUGGAGGAAGAACUAAAAAAUGGAAAGAAUACAUUAGGUAAAAUGGAGGCAGAGAAAAGGCAAUUACAGGACAAGUUAACGGAUCUGGAAAAGGAGAAGAGCAACACGGAAAUAGAUAUGACCUAUAAGCUCAAAGUCAUGCAACAAAACCUGGAGCAAGAAGAGGUCGAACACAAAGCAACAAAAGCUCGACUAGCAGACAAGAACAAAAUAUAUAAAUCAAUUGAGGAAGCGAAAUCUGAAGCUAUGAAAG